GCGAAUCAUGAUGAUUUACUGAACAUGGUUGAAGCGUCCCUCGCAAGCUGGUCAGAAUUACAUGGAGCGUGACACGAUUUUAAUCUAAAAAAUUAUCACCCCUCCCGCGUGUUCAGGUUCCUGACCUUAAUUAAUCCUGGACCGGCGGAAGGCCAGAUUCCCGAGCUCUAAGCGUUGAUUAAAUUAAGAUCCACAAAAAUUAGGUUCAUCAAUGCGUAUAUGGCAUCGAAAAUAUAAACACCGACGUUUGGAUAUUUUCAAGGUCUUAAAAAAUCGUAAUUCAUCUCAUGACUACAAUGAAGUCGGAAUGAGGUCGCUAGGUCAUUUAUUUCUAAUCAUUCGGUCGUACUGAUAAUCAUACUUAAUUAUUACUCUACGUAAUUCGUCUUUUGUUUCAUAUAAAUAUUUUAAAUUGAGGCCACGCAAGUCCGCCAUUUUCUAUGUGCCAGCGCCACCUGACGCUCAACUAACAGUGAGAUUGUUUGAUGUGUUUCGUCACAACAGAGACGUAUAUAAUUGAGGAAUUGGGUGUUAAAAAAAUACUGGGAGAUUAAUUGUGAUUGACAGUCGCGAGGUGUUGGGUUCAAAGAGGUCGAGUGUCGGGUGAUUCUCAGGUGCAACAUGCCGGAUAUGUCUGCCAUUGCUCAUUUGCCUUUAAAGGUCAUAUUCGCUAUCCAUCUAGUCCUAACAUCAUGUGGUCUCCAGGGACACUGGUGCCCACAGUCAGCCUUGUUCUACAAUCUCCUGUUCUUCGGUUGUCUACUGUGGGCUGUGCACAAUAUAGAGUCGGAUGAACCAGUCCAAUUCGCUCUAUGCAUCAACUUUAUCGCAAUAUUCCUCGAUAUAAUCGUCCUGGCGAUCUACUUUCCAGACAACUGGGGAGCUGAGAAAUUCAGUGGAGCUGUUAUGAUCAUAAAUCUACUCGUCAGAGUAAUCACGACUGUUUCGUUACUGAGAAUUGGACAAGCUAGGGGUGGAGCACUGGCGACACUUUUUCCACCACCGCCUGGUAUGGACUACGCCAGGCAGCAGUACGAGGAUAUUUCCUAUCCAGUUCCCCAAAAUGCGGAUUUUUCGGGGAUCUAAAGUUUUUAUAAAAUUAAAAAAAAAACAAAUUCAAGUCUUGUCAUUUUGUUGUUGCAAAUUCAGUUGAAAAUAUUUAACAAAUCAGAGAAUUAAUAUAUAUAUACAAGUUCUAAGCGGCACUAACGUUAAUCUACCUAAUUGUGGUGAAAUUCGAGUCUGAAAAACACAAAAACAAGUAGUUAAUUUGAGGGAUCGACAACAGAGAAGUUUGUUGAAGAUAUCCUUCUCCAGGAAAGGUUGACAGAUCCCUCAAUUUGUCAAUUGAUCAAUUGAAAGUAAAAAGUGUCAAUGAGAGGAGUUUUUGGUUGAUGUUUACGGAAGGAGACACCAAUAUUUUUUUACCUUAACCAGUGGAUUGUAACAGAGUCAGGAGAAAAUUUCAAAGUACUGAAUAAUUACAAUUUUGUCACUCACGAUGCUGUGCUUAAGUUAAUGAACGUUUGUACCCUAGUGUGUUAAAUAAACUGUUUUUCCACUUCUAA